GGCGCAAGCGAGGACGACCGGGGCCCCGCGCCCAGCGCGCUGCACCCCGAGGAGGUCGCCGCGCGGCUGCAGCGGAUGCACCGGGAGCUGAGCAACCGCAGAAAAAUCCUGGUGAAAAACCUGCCCCAGGACAGCAACUGCCAGGAAGUUCAUGAUUUAUUACAAGACUAUGAGUUAAAGUAUUGUUAUGUGGACAGAAAUAAGCGAACAGCUUUUGUUACCUUACUGAAUGGGGAGCAAGCCCAGAAUGCAAUUCGGAUGUUUCAUCAAUAUUCUUUUCGAGGAAAGGACUUAAUUGUUCAGCUCCAGCCAACAGAUGCUUUGCUGUGUAUUACCAACUUGCCCACUUCUUUUACAUUAGAAGAAUUUGAAGAACUUGUUCGUGCUUAUGGAAAUAUCGAGAGAUGUUUUCUAGUAUACAGUGAAGUUACUGGCCAUUCCAAAGGCUAUGGAUUUGUGGAAUACAUGAAAAAGGACUUCGCUGCAAAGGCUAGAUUGGAGUUAUUGGGUAAACAGUUGGGAACUUCAGCUCUGUUUGCACAAUGGAUGGAUGUUAAUCUAUUGGCCCCAGAGCUCAUUCAUUCUAAGUGCCUUUGUAUAGAUAAACUCCCUAGUGACUACAGGGAUUCAGAAGAGCUGUUGCAAUUUUUUUCCAAUAUACAUAAACCCAUGUUUUGCCAGCUUGCACAGGAUGAAGGUAGUUAUGUUGGUGGCUUUGCAGUGGUUGAAUAUAACACUGCGGAGCACGCCGAAGAGGUUCAACAAGUAGCGGAUGGCAUGACCAUCAAGGGAAGCAAAGUCCAAGUUUCCUUCUGUGCUCCGGGAGCGCCAGGGCGAAGUACAUUAGCAGCAUUGAUAGCAGCUCAACGUGUGAUGCACAGUAAUCAAAAAGGCUUACUUCCAGAGCCAAAUCCUGUACAAAUUAUGAAAAGUUUAAACAAUCCUGCCAUGUUACAAGUUCUUCUACAGCCCCAGCUCUGUGGGCGAGCUGUUAAACCAGUUCUCGGAACACCUCACAGCUUGCCCCAUCUGAUGAACCCAUCCAUCUCCUCCGCGUUUUUGCAUUUGAAUAAAGCACAUCAGAGCACAGUUCUGGGUAAUACUUCCAGUUUAUUCCUUCAGAAUCUUUCUCAUGUACCCCUGGCGCAGCAACAGUUACUGAAGUUUGAGAAUAUUCCUACUAAUAACAAACCCGGCUUACUUGGAGAUCCCCCAGCCGUGGUGCUUCAAACCGCAGUAGGGAUAGGGUCAGCACUUCCUUUGAAAACAGAGUUGGGUCAUCAUGGAGAAGCACAUAAAACAUCUAAUCUGAUUCCAACUCCAACAACGAUAACAGCUGGCAUGGGCAUAUUACCAUUCUUUCCAAAUCAGCACAUUGCUGGACAAGCUGGGCCAGGCCAUGGGAAUACUCAGGAGAAACAGCCAGCCUCGGCGGGGAAGGCAGAAGGAAAUUUCUCAGGGUCACAGGCUUAUCUUCAGAGCUUUCCAAACCUUACUGCUGGAGGCUUGCUGACGGGACACCAUAAGCCACAGCAAAGUCAGCCAAGAGGCACGGAGAUAAGUUUAGGGGUGGCCUCUAAGAAUCAGACUUCACUAUUGGGAGAACCACCAAAAGAAAUACGGCUCAGUAAAAAUCCAUACCUGAACUUGGCAAGUGUGUUGCCCAGUGUGUGCUUAUCAUCCCCUGCAAGUAAAACCACUCUGCAGAAGACUGGAAUUGCAAGCAAUAUUCUGGAUGCAAUCUCUCAGGGAAAUGAAUCACAACACACAUUGGAGAAGUGCAUUUCUUAUUCUCAGCCUUUUGGUGAUUAUGCACAGGUAUCCUCUUUGAGAAAUGAAAAGCGAGGCUCAUCAUAUCUCAUCUCUGCCCCAGAAGGUGGUUCUGUGGAAUUUGUUGACCAGCAUUCUCAGGGCACAGGAGCAUAUUACAUGGAAACCUACUUAAAAAAGAAGCGUGUAUACUGAGUUAAGUUCUCUUCUUAUAACCUCAUAAGGUUUUUGCAGUAUCUCUGCUGUUCAUCGCUGCCUUAACUACAUUCAGACUAGCCAUAUCCUUUAAAUACGGGUUUCUAAUUUCCCAGAAGGAACUGUAUCGUGCAGCAAGCAGAAUUGCCAAAUAAAAAAUAAGUAGCAAUAAGAUAAGACAAUGGAGGACAUUUUCCAUUACAAUUAGAAGUAUCUUAAUUGGUAUUAACUUAUAGUCCAUUGGAGAAAGUAACAAUGUUCCAAUAUUCCUUGUUUAGGACUGGGAAUAAUUUUGACACCAUAUAUAAAAGUAUGAAGCAAUAAAUGGGAAACGGUCUUGUUUCCUGAGCCUUAGAAGAAUGAAUUUCUUAUAUGCCAAUGUGCAUUUCAAUCUACUUUCCCUAGAAGUAAUCUCAUUUAUAGAUUUUUAGACCUUUUCCUAGAACUACAAGAGUGCAAGUACAAAAUGCAGUGCUGGUAAUGUUAUAAAGAUGCUCUACAUGCAAACUAAUUACCCUACAUCAGCCCUGCAGUAUAAAAGCCAGAGUGAUAGUGAUGUCCAAGUUCUACACAACUGCAGAUGCUUUACUUUUAGUGUUCUCUACCUACCAUUUAUACCUUUUGUGAAAAACGAGCUAUUUUUGAAAAAAGAAAAAAGUAGCUUUGGUGAAAUAAUUUCAGGGGUUGGCAGACUACACCCUGGGGUCAAGUUCCGUCCUCCAUCUGUUUUUAUACUGUCUGCAAGCUAAGACUGAGGUUUACAUUUUUAAAUGAAGUAGAACAGACUUGAAUUAAGUUCUAUGAAAUUCAAAUUUCAGUGUCCAUAUAUAAAAUUUUAUUGGAACACAAACAUGCUCAUUCAUUUACAUACUAUCUAGAGCUACUUGUGUGCUACAGUGGCAGCACUGAGUAGCCCUGGCCGAGACCAUAUGGACUGCAAAGCCUAAAAUAUUUAUUGUCUGGGCCUUUAUGUGGGAAAGUGUGCAGACCCCUGGUCUAAUGGCACUAAUUCCCUAAUCCUUUAACUUCUGCAACAGACUUGUAAGUGGCAAGCAAUGUAGGUUUCUAUGUCUGAUUUCAUGGCAUAAACCAAUGAUGAUUUAAUUGCUAGAACAAGGCCUAUUUUGAUCCUCAAAUGCCCUAUUUCCACAGUAUAGUUCAACAGUCAAUAUUGCUCUUUCUGGAGGAGCACUAUGGAGUAACAAAUAUUACAGUUUUGAGCUAGUGAGUUAUACUUCAUUUUCUGCUUUGUCUCUUAUUCUUUUGUAGUGUUAGGCUGAAAAAUUAUCAGCUAUUUAAGUCAAUUUACUUCGGCAAGAAUUGUGUUUAUUGCAUAUAACUUUUGACAUCACCAUUUCCUGAAGACUUUGAUAUUAAACACAUAAGAAACCCUUUGCCACCUAGAAGUUUCCAGGUUUGUUCCUUGUGAUCCUAGUCUUUUUGAAAUCAGAUCAUUACAUAUCUUCUAAUAAGGUACCCUAUUCUAAUUAUCAAGUUUAAAAUUGGUACAUAUGACUUUUAAAGAAAUUGGUCUAAUUUGUUUCAUACAUUAACUUCUACUUGAAAGUGACAGCUAGAAAGUUAAUUACUAAGGAUUGGCAUCACUCAGUUAUGAUUCAGCAGAUGCAUAAUGGUUUCUCCAUGUUCUGCGCUUCUCCUUCCCAUUUCCUAUUGCAUUAAGCAUCUUCAGUGCUUAGUCACACCUCUGAAAAUACAACCAGCAGAUGGUGAAUUUUAAGUCAGAGCUGCAAAAUGAAAGCAGGAAGAGGGUGAAAGAACUAAGUACUUUGGAUGAUAGCCCAUGGGGAUCUGCCCUGUCACUGGAUAGAACAGAUAAGUAUAAAUCAAGUGGUGUUUGUAUUAAGGGCCACUACCAAACUCCCCACCCCCCUGCAACGUCUAUACUGUUAUUUUUCUAUGUAAACAGUUUGAAUGCUUUGAAAGUGAAAUCUUAAUAUUAAAAGGCAUAUGCAUGUGAA